AAGUUUUUUUCAGAGCAGAUUAAAUGCUUAAAGGGAUGUUAACAUCGUACUUUGGUAGAUACCAGGCAUAUUAUAUGUUUCCGAGUCAAUAUAAUACAAUGGGGAGAACGUUUGGUCCGGAUUUAGUUAUACCGACAGUCCAACGUCAACAUUUCUAUAAUGCUCAAGAACACGACAUAUAUUACCCUCAUUCAAAUCAUUUAAUGCAGCAGCAACAACAACAGCAGGAGCAACAGCAGCAACAACAACAUAAUUUAGAAGAAACUGACAACAAAAGAAAAAAGUUACAAUCAGAAACAAAACAAAGCAAGGAAAAAAAUAAUGAAAGCGAACAAGAACAUUUUAAGCCGGGGCAGAAUUCAGAAAUAAAGUUUUCUAUCGAACGCAUUCUUUCAAACGAGAGCACUAGCAGAGUUGGAGAAGUGACAGAAGAAAGAUUUUCAGAAAAUGAGGACGAUGACGGUGAUGAAGACGAAGACAUUGAAUGUAACAGUGAAGAUAUGAAAAUAGAAACGGACACUGAUGAGUCGACACAUUACGAGUGGCUUCAUUGCACCAGAUACAAACCACCAAAACUUCAACGUACAAGGAAAAAGGAAAGCAGCAAGAAACGAAAGUUAGGACGAAACCCACGUGUUCCGUUUACACAACAUCAAGUGGUCGGCUUAGAACGGAAGUUUGGUCGCACACAUUAUCUAAGCAGUAUGGAUGUUGCAGAGCUCUCAUCAGCUCUGAAUCUUACAGAAACAAGGGUGAAAAUAUGGUUUCAAAACCGUCGUGCAAGAGAAAGAAGAAAUAACCAAACAAAACAGACGACAAAUCAAGGAACUGAACAGGCGGAAGGACGCGAUCCGAAAUUUAUAUUCGCUCCAUCUACAUCCUGCUUUGGGUCUUCUAUGGUUUUAGCCAACCCGGAUGCUUCACAAAGGUCAUUAACACAAUUACACGAGGCUUUGCAACACUGUUCAGCCUUCGCACCGCUACCGUUUAGACAUAACACAAGUGGUACAUAAAUAAACUUACCAUUCCACUAAAGACUAUCUUAAGAAAUGGUUAGUCGA